UCUUGACAGUCGCCAUGAAAGGUGAAAAUCCUUUUCGUUAUCCUGAGUUUUUAGUGAAAUUUUAAUUGUUUUAAAUGUCUUAUUUCAGUGAUUAGUGGUGCUAAGGACGCUCUAUAAGAUGGAUUAACAAUGACACAUCAGAAUCAUCAGACUAACGGCGCUAGUCUCGAAGAUUGCCACACGAAUUUCUUUGCAUUGACGGACUUAUGUGGCAUAAAAUGGCGUAAGUGCAUAUGGGGCGAGAGCGGGUUCAACCCCGAGCCGCUGCAGGACCCGGUGUUGGCGAGCUUCUCGAAAUGCUUGGCGGCGGACAUUCUGUGCGUCUGGAGGAGGGUCGGCGCCCAGCAGCAGACCCCCGUCGGCGUCGGGCCCGGGCCCGGGGGGCUCUUCGACCCCAUCGGGCUCCCCCAUUCACGGACGGUGGCGCCGCCCCUCUCCCUCCUGGCCGCCAAGGAGCUUUGGAUCUUCUGGUACGGCGAGGAGCCCGACCUCUCCGGCCUUGUUGCUCCCGAACUUCUCUCCACCGAAGGAGAACAAGGCUCAUGGGAAAGUGGCUUAUCUUACGAAUGUAGGUCUCUGCUCUUUAAAGCUUUACACAAUUUGAUCGAGCGGUGCCUCCUGUCACGAGAUUUUGUUCGACUCGGGAAAUGGUUCGUCCAGCCCUACGAUGGAUCAGAGAAAGCUCUGGAGAAAAGUGGUCACCUGUCGUUCUCCUUUGCGUUCUUUGUUCACGGAGAAUCCACGGUUUGCGCUAGCAUAGACGUGCGACAACAUCCUCCAGUAAGAUCUUUGACAAAACACCAUCUGUCUCAGACUCAGGCAGUAUCAGGAGCUCCUGGUGUGCAAGUCAUACUAGCACCAUUUGGCCUCUCAGGAACAUUAACUGGUCAAACUUACAAAGCUUUAGACCCACAAACGCAUAGGCUUAUGGAAGAUUGGAAGCACUUCUAUCCCAUCAAUGUCUCUGAAAAUUCAGAUCUACCUUUAGCUGUCGAAGUCCUCGUUGGGAAUGUGAAACUACGGUAUCCAUCAUGUUAUGUUCUGGUAACGGAUUUAGACGAGUCAACAGGUGCAUUGCUCGCUUCAGCUCCCUCUAAUAGUAUGAAAACAAGCUCUCUUCCUAGUACUGGGGUAACAGUGUCCGUUGUACCUCAUCAUCAACAUCAUCCAGACUCAAUGGUUCAUGCAUCAACACCUGCAACGGAACUCUCGGAACGUGUCUGGCAGGAUUGUUUGAUCGGUGUUACAACGACGAAACCUUCCCAAACAGCCACCACCACAACGACAGCAUCAACUAACAAUACCAAACAAAUUAGUAGUAAUAGCAACAGUGGAAACAGUACAUCCAGUAGUAAUACAACAAAUAAUAGCAGUGAGGCCCAGUUGGGUCAUUGGGACUUUUCCGAUGCAACGCUAAAAAAGCCUUGCUCCUGUUCAAAGUGUAAAAAGGUCGGUACUAAAGUAAAUCAAGGUAAAAACCAGAGUGGGAAUUUCGAUGGUUUGAAAGGUGGCCAAGUAGCUCGUAACCUUCGUACCCCUUUUCAUCGUCGCCCACUCGCUCAAAAGAACACCGACGAUUGUUCGAACCCGUUAACAAGACAUGUGAUCGGUAGUUACAAUCCUAGCGGAGCCUCAACCCCUCACCAUGGCCACCACCACCAAAGUGACUCACUGCUGGCGGCACCAUCAACGCCCUCUGUCGGAGCGCCCUCCCCACUCACGAAUCCCCAUUCUGUUCCUCAACCAUCAUCCGUGCCCUCCUCUAUAGAUCCAACAAUGCCUACCCUUUCGCCCCAACACCCCACACCCCUACAACAGCCAAAUACUCCUAGUAAUGAUGAGAAGGUUACCAGAACACCAACGUCGGACCUGCAUGGAGGUCCGAAAUCGGUUUCAUCUGUAUCGAAUCAGGUCUUCUCUCCGUACACCUCUGCGGGAAGUCUUGAUUGCGGAAUCAAAAUGAGCAGUCAAGAAAGCAUUGGAGGCCCAGGAAGUGCGCCGCCUCCUGUUACAACCUCGGCACCCUCCCUGCAGUUGGCAUCACACCAGCUGCAAACCUCGACCCACAUGACAUCAACAGCUACCCCAACUGUACCAGUUGUCAAUCUGUUGAAAAGACCUGUGCUCUCUUCCAAAGAUUAUGAAUCUGCUCUCCUCGAAGAGGAGGUCCAUUCUCAACUCCUCUACGAUUAUUCAACGCUUGAUGCAUGGUUGAAUCAUCCUGUGAAACGAUUUAAACCGGCUGAACCAAAUACUCGGGGAGGUCCAGGCCCACCUAGAUUAUCUUCGUCUUCCUCUAGUUCUCUUUACAACAACCCUUACGCUCCACCUCUACCAUCCUCUCCUCCAGCUCAGUCACCCGUGUUUAUCAAAUCGGAACCGGGUCUAACCUCAAAUCAGGAGGAAGAUAAGAAAGACUUCGAAAUAACUGCUGCAAAUGAGCCUAAAUGUCCAACAACAACAGCCGAUAGCAUGUACAUAACAGAAAAUACAACUUUCAAGGACCUUGAUAGAUUGUUUGACAAUUCUGAUGAUACCUCUAGUGAUGAGACGCUACAAGUACCUACCCCUCCUGGAUCAAAUAAACCAGCUGGCAGUGAAGAUGGCGGGAGCUUAAAUAGCACAAAUUCAUUGCUUGUGAGACCUCCGCGUGGAAGCGGUACUUGCGGUACAGGAAUAUUGCGCCCGGAAGAACUGUCAAAAAUGUUCCCGACUCCUCCCUCUCUUGAACAUAAUCCAAACGCAUCGCCAUGUGGCGGGCAGCUCUCCGACACACCUACUCAUGAAUCUGUAUCGGACUAUCUGUUACCUGCUACUCUUCGGAUAAAACAAGAAACAUACCCAGACAUGGGUAGUCCUCCCGAAGAACCAAUUGAAGAUUGGUCCUAUGUAUUUCGACCGCCGACAACGUACAAAUUUGUGGGAUCUUCUAAGUAUGCGCCUUUACUUCAUCUUCCCAGUCAUAAUCUCCCUCCUGUAACGCUGCCUACUCCCAACGUGUACAAACCAUCGUACAUGUUCCAAAACAACAAUGCACCGCAACAACACCAUGUUGACAAAUCAAAUUCAAUUGUACCCAGCAUAGGAAAUAUUACAACCAGUUUCCAACAGCGGAAUCUCCCAUCUCAUCCGAGAGGAAGCCCGGCUCAUUUCCCUCCUAGUCCAAUGAAUUCGUGGCACAGAGGACCAGGAAGCACUGGCGUGAGAACGCCACUUCAAGCUCCGCCCCCCUACAGUCCUGCUACACCUACUGCCGGUCCCAAUUCGUACCAUAAUAAAAACAUCAACUCGGUCGAGCCUGCGCCUAGUAGUGUUUCGGGUGGUGUGCAAAAUUCUCGGACGCCAGAGGCCAACUCGCUUAUUGUAAAUAUUCUCCUAGGUGAUACUUUAAUGAAUAUCUUCCGUGAUCACAAUUUUGAUAGUUGCACAUUAUGUGUUUGUAACGCUGAGCUCGGAAGCUCAAAAGUUGUUGGCAAUAUUCGUGGUGCAGAUGCUGCUGUCUAUUUACCACAGACAUCAGUAGGAUCGCAAGUGUCGCCAUUCUCGCCUGGCUCUUCGUCAAAUCAUCAUAAUUUGGAUGAAGAUUCAAUUCGGUGUAGCUGCGGGUUCAGCGCGGUUGUGAACCGACGCUUAUCUCAUCGUGCUGGCCUGUUUUACGAGGAUGAGCUGGAAAUCACUGGAGUCGCUGAAGAACCUGUAGAAAAAGAUGACCUCAAUGGAGCAGCUGUGAGUGUGAUGGAUCGAGUACGAGAACAGUGUGUGAUAGUUCAUUCAGCUAGCAAUGCAUUGUUAAGAGCUGCACGUCUUCAUCGUCCACCCUCUGCUCCACCAACCUUUAACCUCCUAGAAUUUACAGAUAACAAUCAAGUGACGAUUGUCGCUUUGGAACAAGGUCGUCUGGCUCAGUUAGAAUCGUCCACAGUAGCUAUGUGCAAGGUUGAGGAAAUGGCAGCUAGACAGCAACAGCUUUUAUCAUCGCAACAUUGCGUCAGUAAUCGAUCGUGUAUUCAUCGCUGGCCAUUCUUAAGGGCACGGGGUCCGCGCUGUAAUCAGGACAUCAUUCGAGUUAUGAAAACACUGCAACCAUUAUUACAGGAUGCUAUCCAGAAGAAGUGUACAACGCGUCUGUGGGAUGCUCCAUACACCGUGUCAGGUCCGCUGACGUGGCGUCAAUUCCACCGGCUGGCCGGUCGCGGAGCAGAUGACCGCUGUGAGCCGCAACCAAUCCCUUCGAUAAUGGUUGGCCACGAGAAGGACUGGCUCUCGAUCUCACCAUACGCUGUGCAAUACUGGGAAAAACUGCUGCUUGAACCAUACUGUUACACUAGGGACAUUGCGUAUAUCGUUGUCGCGCCUGAUAACGAGUACAUUCUCCAAAGAACAAGAAGCUUUUUCAAGGAGCUAAGCUCUGUGUAUGAGGUUUGUAGGUUAGGUAGACAUUGUCCAAUUACCAAGGUGCUAAGGGAUGGAAUCCUACGAGUUGGCAAGUCUGCUGCAGCUAAAUUAGCGAAAGAACCGGUUGAUGAAUGGUUUACAAUGCUAGGAGAAAGUCAUGUCACGUCAAUGCUAAAACUCUAUGCUCAGGUUUGUCGGCAUUACCUGGCACCCCAGCUCUCUCAGUGUCCUAUGGAUCGAACUCUCUUGGAUCCACCGGAAGCUGCCAAUCAACCUAGACACGGGGAUCGGCCUGCUCCCUCGCCCAUGCCCCCUCCCAAUUCUGUCGAUGGUUCGGAUAAAGCUCCCUCCACGCCAAAAUCAGAGUCAACAGAUGAUAGCAAAGGGGGCGGUGACUCUGCUACGCCAUCCAGUCAAGAGCUCAACCAUGAUACAAGUAGUGAUGAAGAAGGCGAUCCUCCGGCCAUUGUCAUCUAUUUAGUCGAACCGUUCACGAUAGGCGCCGACAGUAAUCAUAAUGGUACUAGUGCGGAUGUUCAGCGGCUAGCUUGCCUAGGUCUACUCCGUUGUUUCAAUACUGUUCUAGCUAGUUUGCCAGAAAACAUCAAUACCAACAUCUCACUUCAGAUUAUAUCUUUGGAAAGUAUUGUGGAACUAGGUAGAUCUGGUGAUCGGAAGUGUAAACUCGAUGAUAUGCGUGCCUUAGCUAUGUCUGUAUUUUCUCAAUGCCGUCGUUACCUUUCUCAUACUUCUAACAUCAAGGCAUUGACAGGGUUCGGAACAGCAGCCAUGACAGACCUUUUCUUAAAGAACAAGGAUGAAAAGAAUAAGGCUCCAUACAAAGUGUACACUCCCCCGUAUAUUCUCACGUGUGCGCGGGAUAAAACAACUGGCGGUGGAAGUGGCGAUGGUGAUAUCCUUAGCGGUAGCAGUUCUAACAAUGGCGGACCACCAGCAGACCAGAAAUGUUCGGUACUUUACGUUUGUUAUUGUUUAAGUGAAGACCAAAGAUGGCUGCUGGCCUCAGCGACAGACGAGCAAGGGAUCUUGCUAGAUACCGCCACCAUCAAUAUUCACAUACCAAAUAGGAGUAGACGAAGAAAAGCAUCUGCAAGGAGAUUAGGGUUACAAAAAUUAAUGGAUUUCAUCCUAGGUGUCAUGUCUCAAAGUGUCACUCCAUGGAGGCUUAUCAUCGGCCGAGUUGGACGCAUAGGUCAUGGUGAAUUAAAAGGAUGGAGUUGGCUGCUAAGUCGGAAAUCUUUGUUAGAAGCUUCUAAACACUUGAAGGAAAUAUGCAGCCAGUGCAGUUUACAGUACCCAACAGAUGUACCAUCGAUCCUGAGUGCGUGUCUGGUUUCUCUCGAACCAGAUUCGGCCCUCCGCUUGAUGCCAGACCAGUUCACUCCUGACGAAAGAUUCAGUCAAGCGUCUGUCAACUGUCAGCUAUCAACACCGGAAGAUGUCUCUUGCACACACAUUUUAGUUUUUCCUACUUCUGCUACCACUCAGUCCUCUCAAACUGCAUUCCAAGAUAUUCAGCAUGGUAUCAAUACUGAGCUGGGUGAUGAUGAACUAUUUUCCGCUCUGAACGAUGAUAUGCCUGAAGGCAUGACAGACUUCAACGACAUCUUUGGCACUUGGACAGACGCUGACCCUAGUGGAGGUAGAUCUCCGAAUGGCAGUCCUCGAGGUCGAGGGGACUCCUCCUCGCAGCCAGGAAGCCCCAUGGGUGGACCCUCUGAUGACCAUAAUGUUUUUCCAUGCAAUGGAGGUCUUUCUAGAGGUGGUGGUGGCCUGAAUGAUGUUCAAGAAGAAGUGGGUGCUUUGUUACAACAACCAUUGGCCCUCGGCUAUUUAGUUUCAACAGCACCAGUUGGGAAAAUGCCCCGAUGGUUUUGGUCAGCUUGUCCGCACUUAGAAUCGGUGUGUCCAACGUUCUUGAAAUCAGCCCUUCACAUGCAUACCAACAACAUGCAACAGAAUCAAGCUGACGAGAUUCUUCAGCAGCAGACAACGGUUGCUGGGCAUCCACUAGACUCUCAAAUCACUACUGAUGUCCUUAGGUAUGUCCUAGAGGGGUACAACACUCUGUCCUGGCUAGCAAUGGACUCCAACACCCACGACCGAUUGUCCUGCUUACCAGUCCACAUGCAGGUCUUAAUGCAGUUGUACUACAUGACCUCCGCUCUUGUGUGACACGAGUAGAGAGAUUUAGCAGAAUUUGUGAUUUGUGAGUACUUAACCCAAUGGUCGUAUGUGUUCUAAAAGUUAUUUUAUUUUAUCAUCUGUUUUUAAGUAGUUUUCUUUUUAAAUAUUGUUAAAAAUCAGAUAUACCUCGAAAGAACCGUAACGUAAGUUGAAAAUAAAAUCCAAUCGAACAAAUUUACCGGAGAAAAACUGUACUCAAAACGAAUUAAGUUGAAAUUGGGCUGGAUCAGUCGAAAUAAUAAUGAAUGUAAAAAAUCUCGCAAUGGUUUUUCUCCCCUCUGUAAUUAGAAACCUCAAAUACCAUCUGUGAACAUUUUUUUUUUUUUUCAAGAAGCAAGUACCAAAAUCUUGUCAGUGUUGAGAAAUUGUGCUAAUGCCUAACAAAUUUUGAAAGAAAGAAAGAAUCCAACGAUAAGUAGGUCUUAAGCUUGUGAUAAGUAAAUUUCAGACAGACAUACCUAUGUCCUAGCUUAUGGAUGUUAAAAUUUCCUUCUAUCUUCAUCUUAACAGUAAUGACUUUGAAUCUCAGCUUAUUUUUGUCAGUGGACUAUCGUUAAAAAUUGCUGCUGACAAGACCAGGAGAUACUGUUUCUGUCAUAUUUGUAGAAUACAUGUUAGUUACUCAAAUUAUCUGUCUAAUAAUGCAUCUUUCAUAACAACUUGUUGAUUCAUUUUGUUAUUUCAACUUUUCAUCUUGUACACCGCUUUACUAUCUAAGAAAGAGCUGUAAAAGGUACUUCUAUUCUCAAACCUCGCAACAAAAAAAAAGGGAAAUUCUCUAUUCUUGGUCUCUCGUUUUGCCGAAUUGUAGGACAAAUUCUCCAGUGUUCUGUUACUUACAAAAUUAUCAUAAUAUUGAUUUUGCGUAAUAAAUCCAAUGAAAAAAAUCUGUCAAAAAAGCGCCUGUUUUUGGGGAAAUUUUAGGGAUUUCAUUAGAAUGUGGCCUAAACAAAACCUACUGAUGAGACAAUCCUCCAGUGAUAGUUUAAGCUUGAGUUCAAAGGUCAUUUUGGCAAUACAGGGUUGCAAGGUUCACUAUUUUUACCAUAAAUGCGAACAUGAAGUUCCUCGGUUGAAAAAUAAACCACACUCAGUUGAUACCAUUUCAUUUUCUGAGGCACAUUAUGAUCAGUUGAUAUACUGUUCCUCAGAAAAUAAAAGAAGAUUAACUGAAGUUGUUUUUUCAACCAAAGAGCUCCAAAAUGUAAGCAUUUUCUUGUGGUAACGAGCGUACACUUUGCAUCACUGUAUUGCCAAAACAAGCCUCGAAUCAACCUGAAACUUUCACUGGAGGAUUUCUUAUCAUGAGGUUUUGUUUAGGCCACAUUUGAAAGAAAUCUCAAAGUUCUCUCUGAAAGGGGCACUAAAUGACCCUUUUUAUUGAAAAGUUCUUCAUAAUGAAACAUGUCUUUCAAUCGGUAAAAUGGAAUUUUACUCACCUAGUGAGGACCUUAUUUUUCAUUCAGUCAUCUUCAGGAACAUAUAGACUUUUGUGAGAGUCAGGGGCCUGUUUUUUUUUUGUUUCUCCACCUUUUUCUUGUUAUCUCUUUCAAGUACUUAAUAUUAAGUCUAAUUAAUGUAAAUUUUAAUCCGAUUCAAAAUUGACAGCCUCUUUGUAGAACUGUUGCAAAUUUCUGCUGCUAAGAAGUAAACAGUGGAAUGAAGUCAGUGUGAAAAUGUACACUCUCUCAGCUUCCCUUGAAAUGUCGUUUGCUCACUUGGACCUUUUGAUAAAGUGCAGAGUCGUCCUAAAGACAAAUGUACAAUUUUAGUGCUUUUAGCCACUGCUGCAAAAAUGAACUUAUUUUUGGGUAGACUCAGUUUUCUUUUUCUUGGAACAGAGCUCUGCUACAUACUUUAAAGAUGAAAGAAAACAACAGCUUUAGAGUGAAAUAUUUGCCCUGUUCUGGAAUAUUUCUCUCGUAUCUCUUAUUUUUUUAUUUCAUAUGUAGUAAUUUCACUAAAGAAGAGAUUGCCAUUAGAAGUUGCAAGUCCCUCUUCAUAUUUCAUUGUCUGUUCAGUAACCCUUUUUUCAAAGCAGCAGUUUACAUUUUCCCUCUCUAAUUUUUGCUUGUGCUUCUGUCAGAGCCCAGAAAAUUUGACAUAAAUGCAGCUUUUGAGAAUCGCGUAAAAAUCAAUGAAACCUUGAAAUCUCUGCACUCCAUACUUUCAAAUUUUAGAAAAUUUUGUAUCAAUAUUUUUUUGUCUCUUUUUUUUCAAUCUAUUGACUGAGCAACAUGGAAGCAAUUUCCUCCUGAUUGAGUAUCCUGUGCAAUGUGUUUCGCUCUAAUCUGUGCAAUUUUGCUCGUAUUUUAGCAUAAUUUUAAAACUUGUCACUGUCUCAAAGUACCCUGUGGGAAGAGAUUCAUUCAUUUUAGCUUCUCCUCUUGUUCAGAAGAGACACAAUGAGAAAAUGUUUACUUCUGCAAGAUUCUUACCUAUUCUUUUAUCAUCCUGCAUGUACGAUAAUCUAUUUCAGUUGACUUUAUGGUUUCCUCAAACCAUAUUCAAAUUCUCUUCUGCACAUAACCUUUGACUGUCUAUAAUUAGGCAAACGCUCCUUCGGGAAAAUCUGGGAAUCCUCAGCUAACCAUUUCACUCUUUGCUCAAAGCAUUUUUAAGUUGACAAAGUAAUCUUUGGUAAUCUCGCUGUAUAUGGAAGCUUAUUUGCAACUGUGGGAUCAAAUUUAUCUAAAAUUAAGAGUCGACUGAUGUGUAAUUGCUGUUGGUCCUUGAAAUUUCUAAAAUUUUAUUUUUCUGCUGUCUGAAGAGGGUGUAGCUAAUCUAAGAAUCCCGUAGUCAGGAUUGUACAAAUUUUUUGAAGUUUAGCCCUAACUUGAAGCUACUUUUUACAUGAAACUUGAUAAGAACCUGUAGCAAUUAGUAGGGAUCUCAUCAAGAUUUUAUGUUAGGAAUUCAAUCCAAGCCCCAUCAUUUUUGCUCUUCAUUGCCUUAAAUUAUUUUGAGAAAGCUACUAUAAGUUAUGGCUUAUAAUUGUUGUGCUACUUUAAAUAAUUUUAGCAGGAGUUCCUGGAAACCCAAGAAUGUUUUAUCUAUAUCGUAUGAAUGAUGUUUGCAGAACUGAGUUAGAUGAAGAAUGUUGUCGGAAGUAUCUUAGUAUUACUGAAUGUGAGAUCCUUUUUUUUCCCCAAUUCCAAGCUCAUUCACCAAAAAAUUUUAUCUCCAGGAAAUUAGUUUCACUUGCCUUGCAAUUUGGUAGGAGAUGAUUUUUUGAGAGUCAGUAUUUUGGAGUUCUUACAGGAAUCAAAGAGUGUCAUAAACUGAUGGGUGUUUCUCAAGAGUUCUAUAAGUUUGCAGCUCCAAUUUGGCCAGCUUAUGACGAAGUCAGUCAGCAGGCCUUUGUGUUGUAUUCGAGUAUCAGUCAAGAAAAUAAGGGUUUUUAACAUUAUGAGAGACCCAGCUGAAAAGCUUGGUUAGGGGAAAGUUGCCUUAUUGAACUUCCUCUACUUGAAGAAAGUUAAGGGAUGAAGUAAUAUUUUAUGCAUCUUCAUAGUUCUUCGUUCAUCCGAUUUAGUCCUUGCAACUUAAAAUUGUGCGAGCUCAGGUUGCUCAUUCAUUAAGUUUAAUUCUAACCUUACAGAAAUGUAUAUUCUAAAUCUCUCAAUUAACUUUCAAAAUUACCCAUAGAUAGAUUUUGAUACUCUUCUUUGAGAAGUAGAUAUUUUUGUACCUUUGCAGUCAGGUGUAUUUCAUUUCAUUGUCAUUAUCAUUGCCAUCCUUUUCUCCCCUCUUUUUUAUCUAUCUCUUCUGAUUUAAGGUGUCAAGACGACUCAAUGUUUAGUUUAAAUGUCUGUUAGCCUCAUUUGCUUGAUGCAUUAAAACUAAACAAUUUUCGUUUUUCGUACGCCAAUCAAAAGACUCUGGGUAGUAAUUUAUCAGUUUUCAACAUACUCUUAGUUGACAUUGAACAUGAAAGCCCCCUGAACAGGAAAGCUCUCGUUGCAAAAUGAGCUUCUUGUCUUCAGUUUUGAAAUUUUACUAAUUUUCAAGGGUUAUUCAGCCUUCAGCCUGUAAUGUAAUAGCUGUUUUUACCUUCUUACAUUUGUUAGAGCAUUGGUUUUGAAAUGAUAACAUGUAAUAAUUAUCGAGGUCAUGAUUUUUUUCACCAUUUCUAUCAGCUGCGUUGGAGUAUUAGUAUGAAAAUACACAGUGGAAAAGGAACAGAUCAGAUUUAUACUUGAAGGCUUUACCAGAGUAAGUAGAUUAGCACUGCCCGCUUUCACAUUUCAGAAGCUCUCAACUGACACAGCUUUGGUAAUAUUUUUGUAAUGAAGAUGUGAACUAAAAGGGAAAGAAGAAAAAAUCCCUGAAGGAACAUGUGGUAAACAAUUAUUGGAUAACAUUGAUGAAUUCAUACUGUCAAGAAAAUUUGUAGAGACCAAGUUCCUUAAUGGUCCCUGAGAGUUUCGCACAUGACCUUCACAAUCUUGACUACCUUACAUAGUAUUUUUCGCACGUGGGGCAGAAAUGAAAGAAAAAUUCAAAGAAGUACCAGGUGGUGACAUUGCGUAGUUGGCAUUUGAGCGCUUUUAAAUUUAAAAGAGGAAUGUGAAAUAAUUUAAUACUCAAACUGUCAUUUAAACCUUCCUUGUACUCAAUUUCAUCUAAUUUUUAGGCUAGAAUUAUAUUAGUACUCUUUUUUCGGCAAGAGGAAAAGCUGUCCUUUUCUUUAAACUUAUUACCAGUUGCCUUAUCUGAAAAAAUGAAGAGAAUAGAACGAAUUCAACUGUAAAGUGGAAAUAUUAUAAUUAAUAGCUUACAUAUUUACUUCAAAAACAUUCAGAUUUUACCUACAGCCACCACUUGUCUCAUUAAAUUUUUCCAUGUUGAAUCGUCGAAAUCUCCUCUUAUCUAGACAGUCAGAUCCCAAGCACUGAAUGUUUAUUUUGUACUUUGUAGCUGAUGUUGUAUUUCAGUAGUACUGAAUAUCAUUAUAACUGUUGUUUGAUCAGGGAUUUUCCUAGUUUACAAUCUUUGUUCGUUUUGAGAAAAGCAGGCUUUCCUCUGUAAGUUACGUGUCUUGCUUUAAGCAGAAUUCUCUGUAUCAGUGAUAUUAUUUUAUUUUUGUUUUGUUAGCAACUUGAUUUUAUCCUAAAAGAAAAAAGAAAGGAAACCACUCUCGCUGUUAAUGUAGUCUUACGUGCAUUUAAGACAACUGUUGUGUUGAUUUUUUGUGCAAAUUAUUAGGAAUUCAAAUAAUUUUGUAAAUCCCUGUAAAUAGGCCUAUUGUUUAUGACUUUAGCUUAAAUCAAAUUAAGUGAUCUAAGUGAAACUUGAAGUUUUGUACAUUUUAAUCUAAAGCACUGUUUAAUGUGAAAAAUGAAAAGCAUUAUUGUGGUGUCAGGUUUUAACUUAAAAUCAGUACUGCCAUCCAUGAAAGCAGUGAUACACAGUCGGUUAAAAAUUGUAUUAGUUUUGACAGCACUACUCGCAUUAGUGCAGCUGAGAAUUGUUUAUAAAAUGAGAAUAAUUUGAUUACAUCAAAUCGUGAACAAUGCGAUAAUUAAGUGAAGAAUUCUUCAAUGAUCGGUAUAAAAUCAUAGUGAGUGAGGAAAAGGAAUCAAACGUUUAUUUUUCACAUAGCAUUACUUACCAUUGCAUAAUCAUGCUUUAAAGAACUGAGAAAUUUACUGUUUCUACUGAGAGUACAAAACUAUCUUAUUAGAAGAAUAAUAUGAUUUACUUAAUAACCCACUACUGCAUGAUGUGUAAUUUAUAAGUGAAAAAAAUUAAGAAUAAUGAUAAAAUGAAUUAUAGAACGUUUAAUUAGCAUAAAUUGUAAUUUGUAAUUGAUUGACGAGUCAAUUUAUCGGAGGAGUAAGUAAUUGAAUUGAAACAUUAUUGUAAGCAUUUGUGAGAUAUGUAUCCAUAGAGUAAUUUUAAGUCGUAGUUGAUGAAUUUUUUAAAAGCUAGUUGAAAUUUAUUAUGUUGUUUUUAAGGGAUAAAAUCUUGAAAAUGAUAACUAAAAUUACUACCAUUACUUGUGAAUUAUCAAUAGCCUCUGUAAUUAAUUUCAAUUUUAUAUUCUUUUCAGGGGGUUGUCUCUAGUUAAUGCUAUUAUUCAUAAAGAUUUUAAAAUAAUAUUCUUAGUGUAAAUUUAAUCAAACUACAAUUCAGCUAUUGUCAUCAAAUAUACCAGCAUUAACUUUCACCUAUCUUCAUGAAUUCAUGAUCAUUUUUAGUACUAAAAAUAUUAAUAUUAUAUAAUAGGUAUCAUACUUAUUUCUUUUUCAUCCCCUCCAUACCCUACCCCUUUUCAGACCUAUAUUUUUCCAUGUAGGUUCACAUACAGUGGGAUCUAAGUCUUAUGUUCUUUUAUCGCAACUUUUUAAUAAUCUUACUCAUAUUGAACUGGAAAAAUCCUCAAACUUAUCGUUAUGAUUUGAUGAUAUUUAUUUUGACCUGUGCAUUUCUUUGGGUCAUAAAAGUGAAAGAAUAUUUACUAAUUAUCCACUCUAUUUCAAGUAUGGAGGUGUUGGUAUUUCUUCAUCCCUGCAAUUUUAUUUGAUUAUUUAUUUGUGUAUUUAUAUUUUUUAACAAGUUUAACAUUAUCACUUAUCAUGUUAUUUUUCAUUUGUUUUUAUUGUUAUAUUGUAAAAUUUCCCAUUUCUUAAUGGGACUCUCUUCCUUUGUUUCUUUACUUUUUAUCUUUUGAUGCAUUAAUUAAUUUAAUUUCUAUCUAUUUAAUUUUAUCCUAAUGAAUGAAUGAAUACAUAGUCUCAUUGUUUAUAGA